AUGCACAAUAAAUUUUCAUUAGAAUCAAUUGUUCGUCCUAACAUUCUUGCACUUAAACCUUAUCGGUGUGCAAGAGAUGACUAUUCAAAUGGAAUUUUGUUAGAUGCCAAUGAAAAUUCAUUUGGAAUGAUUAAUGAUGAUAAUGAAGAAUUGAAUAGAUACCCAGAUCCAAAUCAAGUUAUGGUUAAAGAACGUCUAUUAAAGUUUCGUAACAUGCCAACAAUUGAUUAUUUAUUUUUGGGGGUUGGAUCAGAUGAAAUUAUUGAUUUAUUGAUGAGAGUUUUUUGUAUACCUGGUAAAGACAAAAUAUUGAUUACGCCUCCAACAUAUGGAAUGUAUUUAAUAACUGCAAAUAUAAAUGACGUUGCAACUGUCAAGAUUUCCAAAGCUUUAAAACAAGAUAAAAAUAUAAAAAUAGUUUUUCUUUGCUCACCUGGAAAUCCAACCGGCACAUUAUUAUCUAAAGAUGAUGUUAAACUGAUUUUAGAAGAUCCAAAUUUAAAUGGAAUAGUGGUAGUUGAUGAAGCAUAUAUUGAUUUUGUUGAUAAAAGUAAAAAUGCAAGCUUUGUAGAUUGGGUGAAAGAUUAUCCAAAUUUAUUUGUUAUGCAAACUUUAAGCAAAAUUGGAAUUGGAAAUCCUAAAAUUGUACAAUUAAUGAAUAAUACAAAAGCUCCAUAUAACAUAAAUUCAUUGACAUCAAAAGCUGCUUUAAAUGCAUUGUCAGAUGAAAAUAUAAAUAAAAUGUAUAAAAUAGUCAAGAAGAUUAAAGAUGAACAAAUUAAAAUUAUAAAGUCUAUCAAGGAAAUUAAAGGAAUUGGUAAAAUACUAGGAAGCAAUGAUGCAAAUUUUAUUUUAGUUCAAAUAUUAGAUGAGAAUAAUAAAAAACCAAGUAAUGAAAAAGCCAAUUGGCUAUACAAAGAAUUGGCAGAUAAUCAUGGAAUUGUGGUGAGAUAUCGAGGAAAUGAACUUGGAUGUAAAGGAUGUUUAAGAAUUACAGUUGGAACAAUUGAGGAUAAUGUCACAUUAUUGAAAACAUUAAAGGAAUUGUUGGAUUGA